CUAGUAAUGCCUUUUGCAGCUGCCGCUUUUCUAGGUUAACGAAGUGAGCCACAAUUGCGAGAAAGCUGCGAUGAUUCGGGGAGGACCAGAUAUCAAUACUGAAGUGGAUCUGCAUGGGUGAAGUUGCUAACUUUACUGCUAAACACGCACGAUGCGUAGAAAAGCUCGACUACAACAACUUUGGAAUUUGCCCGCGACUUUACGUAACAACACUCGGAGCUAUAUAAUUCACCAUACGGAGUAAGGCAUACCAUUCCGGCCACUCGACAAGGGAAUGAGGAAGGCUAUGAGCAGUGAUGAGCUUCACUAGUGCCUGGUUGUAUGCGUCUGGGUCAAUACAGAUGCGGAGAUGCCUCUCUUCUUCAAUGUCUUGCCCUCUUUGUCGCGCUGCCUGCUGAAGAAGAAGCGUAUCAAUUACGGCUUCCUGCCUCAACUUUUUGGCUGGUUGGUCGAAAAUUUGCACACAAUGCUUGUCCCGGAGGUGGCCGCGGACUCUGUUGUGGGCGGUCUGGGAGUAAGAGCAGCGCUUGCAAUACCAUAUCUUUUGGCCGUGCUUGUUACGUCUAGGCUCGUCGCUGUCAGGAGCACGGCUCUCGGCCCAAAUGUCAAGCGUAGUAGGGGUGCGAAGGCGCUUCCUGUAUACCAAAGGUGAUGACAACUCUGAGUGCUGAGAUAACUCGCCUGUUGUGAUUGUAUCUUCUAUAGGCGCUUUAUUUAUUGGCUAUAAAGUUAUUAUUAAGAAGUCUAAGUUAGUGAAUAGAUUUGUAGUAGCGCGGUAAAUAUGCGGUACCCAAGAACACCAGCAAGAGGUAACGUAAACAGCCAGCCAAUAAUAUAACUUAUCUGAAGUGCCUCUCCACUUUAAUUAAUCGUUGAAACCUAAUUAAUCCUGGAGAGGAACGAUUCAGAUUAUGAAUCUAGCGGCCGGAUUCAGUUUCAAUUAAUCACUAAUUAAUCACGGCGAUUAAUUACAUGUCUGCCAGUGCCCGGCAAUAUAAUAUUAUUACGGGGUUCUCAUAUUGCCAAUAUACGUAUUGUUUGUACUAUUAGCAACACUGACUCCAAUAAUAUGAAGUAAAGGCAUGCCGUAUUUGUUUGUUUUGUAGGUGCAAUCCAUAAUAAUGACUUUUGGGUGCUGUUGCAUUAAAGUAGAUGAUUUAAGAUGCGAGAAUAGAAUAGAAUGGAUCUGAUCAUCGUCUCCAAGCUCAAUUCGAUACCAAUAUCCGCAUUCAUUCAACUGUGUUAUCAAAUAUCCCAUACUACUCUGGCCAGCGUGCUUGUUGACUCGUGAUCGCUGUAUUUCGUUACUAAUAUCUUGCUUUGUGAGUAAUGAAGCCUCUUCCGAAGCCUGUAUAAGCGUUUUGAUAUCCCUGGGAGCAAUCCCAAUCUUGUGUAGGUUGCUUAUUUGCUCUUUUAUUGCGGCCGAAAUAGCUCGAUGACUCGGAUGUGCUCUGCGCCCAGCGCUCGGUUCAUGAUUAUGCUGAUUAAACUUGGCAUCUGAUCUAUGGCAAAUCCGCCAGGUAGCAGCAUCAAUCUGCCUUCCAAGUAUUGAAAAACAGCAGCCUGUACCACGCGCAGAAGUUUUUCGAAAUCUUGGUUUUGUUGUAUUUGGCGGCGUUGUGUGCCGGUCACAGUAGUAUUCGAUACGCUUUUUACCAGACAAUGUUAAUCUAGAUCUUCCAAUCGAAAAGGCAUAACCUCGUUCAGAAGCCCAGCUCUGAAUAGCUUCGUAGAGUGCUUCUAAAGUGGCAUAUUCCAUUUCUGGCGGUAAGCAAUCAUCUGGGAACGUAGCCUGCUCAUCAACAGGCAAAUCAGACUCGGAGUACUCAGAAAAGGCGUCAAUUUCAGCUAGAUCAUGCACAGAAGAAUCCAUUGUGAGCUUUAAUGAAUGUAAAUAGUUUCAUUGUUGUUUUCUAUGUUCUGAGCGCGUUGUGGCGGGUUAUUUUGGUCAAAUGACCCGCUGUGGAUUACAUCAGCAGACCCGCGGUGAAAAUAAGUAAAUCCACCCUGCCAGUGUACCUAGCGGUUCCCUCCUCUUCAGAAUUAGUAAGCUUUGACAAUUAGGGGCUACCUCCUCUCGCGAGGACUUGCCAGCGAUUCAACGGCGUAAUGUCGUGCAAGGGAUGCUAUAGAUGCGACUCACCUCUCUAGUAGUUAAAUUUUCAUUUAGUAGAAGCGCAUAUAUAGUAGCUUGAAUAGGCGUUUCUAUAAUACUUCAGCGAAGAUAUAAAGAUUAAGUGCAUCGUGUAUGUACUGCGUCGAAAGUGGGCCACUCUGUAUCCUACGCUGCUCGGAAUUUUCUCUGCACACUGACUGACAGGGCAUCAUGUGCAACUUGAGCCCCCGCUUUACUUUGUCACAGGUGACACCAGUCGCAUCGUAACCGCGUCCCCCCAAGAAGCCGAAUUCAUCAUAGCAUAGUGCAAGUGUGCGUCAUCUAUCAAAAGACCCUACUCAAAUGAUUCGUGCCAGCACUGUUUUUCGAUGAAAACUUGUUCUUGGAAGUCUCCACUCGUCGUAAAGGGAUGGCCCGAGUGCACAUAUGCCAACGGGCUUCCCCACGGGCCACAACAGACUACAGAUAAUGCGAAACCCGCAGGCACCGUCCGGGGCAAGCCGCGCACGAGACAUUGGGCUCCAAAGAGCAAAAAAGGCUGUAUAACCUGUCGUAUGCGCCACGUUAAAUGUGACGAGGGAAAGCCCUUCUGUAGCCGCUGUAUAACCGCCCGCCGCCAAUGCGACGGCUACGAGGAAGCUCCCUCAAGUGAUCUUGCCUCCUCCUUUGUCGACACCCACCAACCCUGGCGCGCCGGACAACUGCGGGCAAUACAUGCCGCCUCACAACUCGUACGCGACGAGCCACACACUAUCGUUUGGCCGCCGGGUAUCGAAUAUGACACUACCGCUAUUGAGUUGUUUCACUACUUUCGCACCGAUGUCGUCAAACAGUUCGCUGGUGCGUUUGAUGAGAGCUUUUGGACCAUGAGCUUGCUGCAGGCCACCAACAUCCAGCCCGCCGUCUGGCACGCGUGCAACGCACUCGCCGCUAUAUACCGAAACUAUCGAUUAAUUACAGAUACAAGACAUCGUUCCAAAACUGGAAAGUUUGAUCCGUUAACACUCGUGGCGCUCCAGCACUACAACAAGUCCGUCCGAUACAUCAUGGAUAUCGUCGAACAGCCGAAGCUUAGCCUCAUCGAUAAGGAGGUGCUACUCGUGACGAAUAUGCUUUUCACGGUUUUGUGUAGACUUAGAGCAGAUUUUAAAGAGGCUCAUAUGCACAUGCACAAUGGCUUACAGUUAAUUGAGCAAUGGGGCAUGUGCGAAACCAUGCUCUCAUCCGACUCGCAACGGACGAACAGCUUACUGCCCAUCAACUCCCUCCGAUUAAUAUUCUUACGUAUAUAUUAUCAAACGACGCAUACAAGAAACUGGAGUAAUCCUCGGUGGGAACGAGAGUACUGUGUGGGGAGUAUCCUUCCGGUCCCGUUCUCUACCGUGACGGAUGCUUUCUUGGAGCAGGAGCUGAUCUGGCAUGCCAUCAGAGUGGACAAGAACCUAACACUCGAAGCGCUUAGAUCAAGACAAAAUUUCACUAGCAUUGGUUCUAUGUCUGCUGUGUCCGCAUCGUACAGACUAUGGAAGGUAAAAUACACCAACUUCAAGCGGUCACCCCAAUUUGAGACUGCUUCGGAAAUCCCCAUCCUCAUCCUCGACAUGCGGGAACAACUACUUGAUAUUUUAAGCCAGGCGGACUAUUCCGAUGUUAUGUCCUGGGAUAGCUUUGAAGAAAACUUUAAAGCUAUUCUCGAGCUAGCGACACGGCUUUUUUAUGUUGACGGAACUUUUAACAACGGACAUCCGAACCUCAUGAAUAACCGUCAGCGGCAGUUUACCAUCACGCCGUCUGUAAUCGAGCCUCUAUAUGAAGUUGUUCGCAAGUCUAGAAACCAUGAGCUGCGAAGUAAGGCGCUAGACCUUCUCAGUUGGCGGCGUGUGGAUGAAGGCAUGUUUGGGCCCGAGUUCAUGGUGUUUCUCGGCCGUGACAAUAUGAAUGUUGAGGAACGAGUGUGGCGAGAUCCUACGCUAGCGUUUGAGACACCGGGUUGCGAGUGCAUUGUGAAUGAAGUUAUCUGCAGGCUUCACCGCAUUGCUGAUGAGACGUUAGUUUUUGUCAACGAAUUCGAGUUCGAGCAUUGGAAACUGACGGUGACGGACGUUCAGCUGGGGCUGCCUGGCACGGUAGUGAUGUUUAAUACAAUGCAGAUGGCGCAAUCCCUGCUACAACGAAAAUAAUUAUAUAUUUUAAUAUAUGUGGAUUAUUUAUACAGUGUUC